UUAUUUUUUUCUAGUUAAAUGUUUUGAUUUAUCUUUACCUGCAUGCUAGUAGUGCAUGAAACACGUUUGGCUGGACUAUGUUGUAAAGGAAGCUGUGGUCUUCAGUCCUCAACUGCAAAAGUGCACUUCUGAGAUGCUUACCACAAAAUAACAUUAUGAUUGUACAUGCAAAUCGUAUUGUAAAUUAAGAUUUUCCUUGUUAAAUAAAAACUGCAUCAAUAUGAACCUUUUUUCAGCUUAUUAAUAUUAGAGCUGUUACAUAAAACACUAACUCCAAAAUUAAGUCUCAUUCAAGUCCACGGUGAGACCAUUAUUGUGGGAAAAUAACUACAAAAAAGAUGCAUACAUUUUUCAUUGUUUUCAAAUAUAUAAUAUGCAUUUGUUAAGGUUUGUAUAGGGGAAGUUGAGAAUCCCUGGUAAGUGAAAUAGGGAAUUUCUGCAGAAAUUGUCAAGGUAGAAAGCAGCGUUAAUAGGAGUCCCUGGAUUCCUGACGACAAGGACCUUAAAACUAGUACUGAAAUGUGUGUUCUGACCACCAACCCGUUCUCUCCAUUCUCUCUGACUAGUUAGAAAGUGAAGCGUUUGAGUGAAUUGUGACUUACUCCAAACUUAACUCACAAAGGGAUUGUGGUAACGACUGAAAGCUGAUAGAAGUCUGUAUUCAAGCUUUCGAUUUGAUCUUCCUUUGCCUUUAAACUGAAAUAUCUUUGGAGCUUGUUUAUAAAAGCGUUUGAAGUUUUUUUAAUGUAUAUUUUUAGAACUGCGUUAUGCAAAAUAUUCAAGGAAAGUAAAAUUAGGCAGUUUACCAUCCUUUCCCCCGUCCCAGAUAAGUUUCCUCAAAUAAAUAUAGAUUGCUGAAUGUUUUAGUUUAAAACAGUGACGUUAUUUAAGAAGCGAAUUUCAUGGGCAAAGCGAAAAUGUACAUGAACACGCGUCUCCACAGCAUCUCGUGCCGGCUUGGGAGCCUCCAGAACUCCGUGUUUGGUUUAGUAAGGCACCAGAUCCGCGGAAGGAAGGAUACUGACUUGGAGGUAGCUCGGCUUGAAGAAACGAGCCGCACCUCGCACGCAAUGGCGGGGCUCCUGGGACUCGCAGCAGAGAGCGCUUUGAGCGUGAGUUCAGCUGUUUACAGGUCGCACCGCUUUUCCCCGGCUGCCAGAGCCGGGAGGCACGUGGGCAUCUCCGCCUUGAUGCAGAAGGAGCGUGGAGAAGACAGCCCGCAAUCGUCCGACCCUUUGCUCUCGUCUUGCCCAUGAAGGAUUCAUCGUCGAGUGCGGUGCACAUGAGGCUUCUGCAAGGGGAUCCUGGCCCGGCAGAGGAGGAUCGUCGCUCGGUCUGUUGCAUCUGAUGGGUGCCUGAGAUGAGUCAACCCCGUGGGGUCAGCUCCUAGCCCUUUUCGGGAAGCGCCGUGAAGACGAAAGGCAGCUGGAGUUUAACUCGAGAGCAGACACGAAGUCAGCUCAGGAAACCUAGACAGAUCACGCGAGCCAAUAACUAGGAGUGGCUGCAGCGCGGCUGUGCUACAGAAAUCACACGCGAGUCUCCUGUCCAGAAGGCGAGCUCCUGUCGCAGACGGGUUGAUACCGAAAUACGGGCUCGAACGGCCCGCGGACUCUCUUCUCCUGGCUCCCCCUUGGCCCCCUGCCUCUUACGAGCCCGUGCGGGAGGAGGCAGGAGAGCCCUCAGUUCCACGGAGGUGAGAAAACUCGGUUUCGGAGCCUGCCAGGUACCCACGUUAGAAGCCCGGCUGCGAUCGCGACGGGGCAGGGCCGUUUGUUGUGUCUGUCGAGCGCACAAAGCCUAGUGGAUGAACGAGACGCGUUGCGAGGGUUUGGCCAGGGGCGGGAGCUCGGCUUGGUUGCUGCGUCGGGUCGCUUCUCUCCACAGUGCCCGGACGAAGAGCCCGGCGCCCCGGCUGCGGCGAGACUCUCCCCUCGCCGCGGGGAUUUCACAGGCACCUGGCGCUGGUCCGCGAGCAGGAAAAAAAGACCAAAUGGCAAAGCAACCUUCUGAUCUAAAUUCAGAGUGCAACAGAGAAGGUGGACAGUUUCAGUCAACUGAAAGGCCAAGUCAGCCUCAGCAUCUUAGACCUGGGGCCCCUACCUCUAUACAAACACAGUACCAAGGUAAUCAUUCAGGUGAGGGGGACUUCGCCCAGCAGCCCUCAGGGAGCUCUUCGCCCAGCAGCCCUCAGGGACCAUUUGCACCACCCAGUAGCCCCAGUCCAUUUGCUACCAGAUCCCCACUUUUCAUCUUUGUAAGAAGAUCCUCACUGCUGUCUAGAUCCUCCAGUGGGUAUUUCUCUUUCGACACAGACAGGAGUCCUGCGCCUAUGAGUUGCGACAAGUCCACGCAGACUCCAAGUCCCCCUUGUCAAGCCUUUAAUCAUUAUCUAAGUGCAAUGGGUAAGCAAGAUCAUGCUUCCAGGUGGGAGUCUCCCUCAAUACGUGAAGACAUGCAGCCAGAAAUAUGGAUUGCACAGGAACUGCGGCGUAUUGGAGAUGAGUUUAAUGCUUCCUAUUGCCCAAGAAGGGCUGAGAACAGCGGAGACAGGUGCACCAGUACCCAUGGUCCCUAUCGAUUAAGUGAGAGAUGAGACGUUAACUGCUUGGAUUUUUAACUGACUUCCAUGAAUGGGUUUCUUGGAUAAUCCAGCAGUAAACCACCAAAUUGUUUUGCGCCUGUUACGUUAUAUCAUCCGCCUCAUUUGGAGACUGCAGUAAUGGAGACAUACAGAGAGAGACAUUCUGAGAUUGUCCAGUUGUCACCAGAAUCCAGCAAAACCAAGCAGCAGUAGUAUCCUUUCCAUACCUUGUAUAUGCAACUAACAAAUCCUCCUUUUCCUAAAGGACACCAGAUACAUUGGGAGGAGCAGUAGGACUCCGUGUUUGUGAAAAAUAUGCACAUACUGUCUCAUUUUGUCUGCUAUCAGAAGACAGAGGAUUUUUAAAUGGGAAUUCACUGUGAACACGUCAUGAUGGAUUUUGGAAAUGGAUAUAUAAAAGCUUUGUGAAGCAGGACUUUAUGUGAGAGUGGUGUUUACGCUGGUUUUUCUUGAACUUUUAAAAGACUGAUUUGGAAAGAAGAUGAUCUAACAUUAUUGAAUGAUUUUCAUACUCCGUUUUCUGGAAACCUGUAGACUAAUCUCUGAUAUAUUCUGCAAUGGAGUUAACUGAGCCAGCUAACUUGCAGAGCUGCCUUAGUUUGUUAUAACUGUGUACAGAUGUCCCCCCCCCUGCACCUCCCACCCCGCAAGGAGGGGUCAGAUUCAUGCUCUCCCUCCAUUCUUAGCCCCUUUCAUGGAAAAACGGCAAAAUCAUGAAUUGAAGCUGGUUGAAGAAGGGUGGAAGGAUUUGCAUCAGAACUUCAAUUAGCCUGCAAAUCUCUGCAAUCUCCCUAAAUUCAACUGUGUGUGUGUCACACAAACAGCAUACUUCCUGCUGACUGAUUUUAAACUGCAGCUACGUGCAAAUGGUGCACUCCCCCUGAAACUUCCACCUCUUCCACCCUACCAGCAGGAAUCUCAAAGUUGACCUGAAAUUUGCAGCUUAACUGUGAAAGUGUUAUGCUUCAAAAACCAUACCAAGUUGCCUUUCUAAAAGUUUAUAUCUAAUGAGUCUGGAUACAUUUGUGUAUUAUAUAAUAUAGAAUGUUGAAGGUUGGGGAUAAUAGAACAAUAAAAUAUUUGUGGGGUAAAACAGUUCCUGAGACACUGCAAUCUUACCCAAAGUUGGAGGGUUGCAUAACUUUAGAAACUAUUUUAAACUUCACUUAAUAUUUUACUGUGACUGUUGAUAAACCCAAUUGGUAUUGCUGUUUUUUUAAUGUGUUGGAUUUUUGCUAGAGCUGGCUUUGUACUUAAGACCUAUUCUGAGAGAUGCAAGGAACUAACAAAUGUUAACAGUUGAGUUACAUCCAUCUUGAGAGCAAUAGUACAAUAUUUGAAUUGGUUGUGGUGGUUCAAAAAAUCCCACAAGUGAAUGAAUAAAUAUCCAUUGGAAGCAAAAGUUGGGCCAUUUUGAAAGUUCUAGCAAAACUUCCAUAUAAUUUAAAAUAAUAAAAUUAUAAGGGCACUAACUGUAUUCAUAAAUCAGACAUUUUGUGACUUGUUUAAAGAUUAACCAAAAACAGAAUGAAGUUAAAUCAAGAUUCCUAUACAGGAGUGACUCACUAACUCGGUUGUGGGAGGCAUCCAAAGUUUUUAACUUACCUUUUUCUUUAAUUAGAUCUUCCUUCUACAGAACUCCCUUUACCACUUCUUGGGUCACUGAAGUUAUUCCAGAAGGCAUCAUUCUGUGAAACCACAAAUACCAUGGAUUGCAUGACUUCUAAACUUCUGGUAUUUAGAACAUAACAAAGUGAUGCAUUCUGUAACAACUUCAUUGACCCAAGAAGUGCCAAGAGGACUUCACAGAAAGAAAAACUUUAUUUUUAAUUUUUAAGUGUGUAUAUUGAAUGCUGCCCCGAGCCUGUUGCGUGGGCACUGUAACCACAGAUCUAGGUUUAAACUGAAUUUUAAUAUUGGUUUUAUAGUACCUUUACACCAUGGGAAACUGCAUGACAGGUGCUUUGGGGAGCGCACAGUUCCUUCAGAUGGUGCGGUGUAUUAAUGCAGAAUUUACCCCAAUCUGGCUUUAGAAUUGUCUUCAGAAUGUGGCUUCCUUUUGUAUGUGAUGCAGAGAGCUUGCUUGAUUCAGUUUGUUUCUGUUUGCUACAAUCUACUUCAAAAUGCCGUAUUUUAUUUCUGGUUUCACCAGCACCAUAGAAAAAUAUGGUAGCUCUACUUUCAAAACGUUGCAAUAUGUUCAUCAGCAUAUCCUGAGUGCCACUGUAUUUUUUUUUUUUUUAGUUUUGACAAGUAAAUUUGUAUAAUAUGUACUCUAUGCACUGACCACUGGUGCCUCUGGGGCAGGUGGAAGGGCUCCUCUAAACAUGGCUCUGUUCCCCAGUUGCAUUAAUCCACCCCCGUGAGCAGUGAAUCCGGAGGAUAAAAGCACAUGUUGGCUCUGUAGGCUAAACCUUUGUCCUAGGAGUUGGCCUCAAUUAUCAAAGCAGUGGUUUGUUUAUUUGUUUUUUUUAACUUUUUAAGAGAAAUAUUGGUGACUGAAAUUGUAUCUGGAGUUUCAAGCAGAAAUUUAGUGCUGAUGGCAGAUAAUCACUUCCAUAACAGCGUGGCUUUGGCUCAUACCAAAGUACUAGGUGUAAAGGGGAGUGGGGAUUUCAUAAGGUCCUACAUGUAAUGAAUGGAGCGGGUAUAAAUGUAAGUUCAGUAACGAGUUCUCACUGCUACCAGGUGCUAGAAGUGAGAAUAAGAUGGAAGGGGGCUAUGAGACCAUUACUUUUGUUCCAUUCUGAACAUUCCUCACCCAUCAGAGUUACACAGCCAUUAAAUAGAUUAGACAAAAAUCAUCAGAUUUUCCAACACUAGAGGUUGCAGUCCUCUUUUGCACAGAAUUGGACCCUAGCCACUUAUUGGAACGAUGUUAGAGUUGAUCAGGUGCUUUCAGGUAUAAGAGUCUUGAAACCUCCUCAUAAGGCCACAUUGUCCACUAGUUGUCAUGAUGAACAGAGUAGAGCUGGUUCUGAAAUUUGGAAUUAUAUGUACCUUUCUGAACACACCAAAGACAUUUCUGUUUACAAUACCCCCCCCCUGCCCCCACACACACACACUCACACACAUGCUUCUACAAUUGGCGUAUGUGCCCGCACACACACGCUUCUACAAUUGGCGUAUGUGCCCGCACACGCGCGCUUCUACAAGUGGAGCACUUUAUUUCAGUUCUUUUCGAUAGUGCCCUUGGGAGAGUUGGCAUCAGUACUACAUAUUUUCUCCCUCUCCAUCCCACCUCUUACUAAGGGUCUGCUGGCCCAGUGCCUGGAGACUUGGGUGCUUUCUUUGUACAUUUACCUCUAGCAUGGUAGUGCAACAGGUUUGCCACCACGGCUUCAGACUAGCUUACUAUAAGCGUAAUAAAUGAUUUAAAAAACAAUUCUGUGAAUUAUAUGAACAUUAAAGAACAAGAUAUUGGCACCAUGUGACUUGGACUUCUCUGCACUCUUGUUUAUCAAGAAGUUUCCUGCAGAUGUUUUUACAGUAUGUAUUUUAAAAAAAUAACUAAAACUAAUCCCAUAGUUUUUGACAAUUUAAAACUGGUUUUGUGCCUUGGCAACCUCUCUGCCCAGGUUAGAUUUGUUGGUGGUUAUUGAGUUUUUCUUCAAUCUCAACAUGACAUUAAAAACAGUUAAUACUUUUGCUACGUUGUUAGUGGAGGAAUUUCUUAAUUCCAUAUAAUCCAUACUCUACCCUACCAAAACUACUUUAUGAAGAAUUUUCUUUGGUUGUGGAGAAACCAGAUUCAAAUUUUUCUUACCAAACUUGUAUGAUAUGGUAUUAUGCUUUUUCUCCUUCAAUAAUUGUAAAUAUUUGAGUAUUUAUUAGAUUAGGGCAUCAUAUUAUUCUUAUAAUCUGAGCCAAAUGUCUGUGUGCAAUGUUUUGUUUCUUUUCUUACUAUGUCAUGUAAAGUUUUGUACAGCAUAUAAAGUAAAUUACUGUUUUUCUAAGUCUUUUUUAGAAUUGAACUUGGUAAAUACUGUAGAUUCUUUUUUCUGUGUAAUUAAUGCACUCUACUGUUCCAUAAUGCUGUAACUUGUAGAAAUGUUGUAUAUUUAUUUUCUGCUUAUUUAAGUUUCUGUAAAGUUUUUAAUGAAUUUUUACUGGUAUAUAUGGAAUUAGUGAUUGAUCAGUUUAGAGCACUGUCUUCUAAUUCAGUGCAAUCAAUGUUUAGUUACUGAGUAAAAUGUUCAAAAGUGCCUAAGUGACUUAGGCUCCUAAGUCCCAGUUUCAAAAGAGGGUGUGAAGUACCUAAGUCAGAGUGUCACAAAGUCCAGGGGACUUGGGUUUCUGUGUGCCUGAAGUCUUUUGAAAAUUGUAUCCACAAUUUAAACCCCCCAUUUUGGCCACUUUUCUUAACUUUCUGGACUCAAUGAUUCAGCACAGUACAUCAAGGCAGAGAUUUGAAGUAAAAUGGUGCAAAGUAGGCCAAACACCAAAGCCACAUCCAGAAUUUCUGUGUAGUUCAAAGCAUUAAUUUGUUACAAAUAACUUCAUCAGUCUAAGCAAAACAUUAUUAUCCCAAGGGGCCAAGGGCAGUUUAUUCAAACAUAUUAUUAAACUGAAGUGCAGUAGUCUCAGUUAAUCACUUUUUUCAAGACCUAUACAACGUGCCAAUUCCCCACCUUCUCAUUCUCCACUGCCUUCAGAUUUCACCAUGCCUGUGCUCCUACUGAAUCUGGCUGCAUUGCUUCAUCCAGCUGCCAGAAUUAAAAAUUGUGCUGUAGAUUUCAGUUCGAUAACUUGAUCGUGCUUCCUGGUAACUUAAUAACCCUAUUUUGGGAUAUUAAACACCUUAUCCUCAGUUUACAUAGUGCAGGACGUGGCUGUUACCUCGUAAACAAGAAGCCCCUGCAAGUUAUUUAUAGAACUACUUUCUACUUUGAUUUGUAGAGUAAACUUUUGCAUCCUGGUUUCAAGACCACUCAUUACUGUAGUAAAGCUCCUGAUCAGGUACAAACAAACACAGCACUGAUCAUGUACUGAUUAAUCACUAACUUGUUUCAUACGACCCAGCAUAUGUAGCAUUUUUAUUGCAAUUUCCCUGGCUUACUUGUGGUUUGCACUGAUGAAUUUUUGACAGGGUAAUUGCCACUUUACUUGUGCAAUACUGCUGUACAUAGCUACAGAUCUUUUUUUAAGAUGCAAUCUUUUAUGUUCUUAAUGAAUUUUAUAUAAAUAAAACUUCCAUCUAUU